CGCCAGCUGCCCGGGAAAAUGGCGGCGCUGGUGGUGGCGGGAUGGAUGCCGUACCGCCGCAGCGGUCGCCAUGCCCGGUAGCCGGCGGAGGGGGUUGUGCCUCAGGCCCGCCGCCCUGAGGAAGCGCAGCGGCGGCGAGGAGCAGCUCACCCGGCAGCAGGCGGAGCUCCCCGGGGAGGAGGGGGCGGUGGAAGGCGGCGCGGGCCGAGGCCUGCCCGCCGGGGAGGCGGCAUGCUCGCCCCGCGCUGCAGAGUCAUGUUUACAUAAGACACCAAAGAGAUCGUUGAGUAGGAAAUCCCGAAUACCUACUUUCAGCUCUCCUAUUAAUGACACUGAUACACAGCAAGAGAUCUUUUGGGAUUCUCAUUCACCUGUUGCACACAGACUAGGCAAUGGAAAAACCAAGCAGUCUACCAGUAGAUGCGCAGUAGAAAUUUCGGAAAUUGUUAAUCGUAUUGCUCCUCAGGAUGAAAAAGCAACCUGUAAUGAAGGCUCCCUUUUAGGAACAUGGAUUGGUGAGGAUGCUAUUCCCUGUACACCUGUAGUAGUAAAAGGGCGAGCUAGGACAAAGUUAAGUUGUACAAGAGAUCUUAAAAUAAAAAAUCCCGAAGAGGAACUCAUGAAAUUGGCUAAGGAGUUUGAUAAAAAUCUAGUAGAGUUAGAUGCUGUUCAGGAACAGGAGAAGCUUGGUCACAACUUCAUCCAGACCACCUCAGCGCUUUCAAGUAAUUCUAAAGAUGAAAUAAAUAUGAAGAACCAGAAAUCCCUCCUUGGUGAAAGUUCUGAAACAGAUACUGCUGUGUGCCUGAAACCAGUUGGACAGAGCACUGGCAUCCUUGUGGCAGAGCCCUGUCAAUCCAGCAGUCAAAAGUCUGUAGACCUUGAGGCUGAAGUAGCCCUUCAUGCUCUUUUUGACUGCUCUACCCAGAAGUGCAGUGGACAGUUGAGCCAAGGGCUGUCAGAUAUUUCUUUAAAUAGUAGUUUUCAGAAAAUUAGAAGUACCCUGGAGGAGGAGAACCUUCCUGAGAAAACUGAAGACACGCAGUGUGGUAAUUCAGAGGCAUAUCAAAAAGAUACUCUGUUUGCAGUAGGAAGCGUGGACCAGACUGUACCAAAGCCUGAUAAUUACACCUUGACAAAAAAAAAUCCUCCUUCUUUGAAGACACAAUUGGUGGCCUCCACUAAGCUUGCAGGAGUAGUUAAUGAUGACUUUGAUGACUGGGAUGCAGAUCUUUUGGCAGAUGACUCUUUUGUGAUGCAAAUAACCCAAAAUCCUGAAUUGAUAAAUACUGAAGAACCACCACAAAUUCCUGCAAAUCCAUUUGUGCGUGAUUUCAGUGAUGCUGGCAGAACAAAGCAAAGAAGUAGUGGCAAUUCAGUAACUCUUUUGGGGACUGUAAGCAAAUCUAACAGUUUGCAAUAUUCACCUUUGAAACAUUCUAGUAGAAACUCACAAAAUGUUGUAAAAUCCGUGUCUUUGCAAAAGCCAUGUAAGACAGAAAACUCAAAGACAGAGACUAAGGCCUUGCAUGGCAAAUGUGAUGUUACACCAGAUAAAAUUAAUUCUGUUUGGAAAAGUGCCCAAAACAGUGAUUUGAACUAUAUUCCUGUUCCAAUGCAAUCUGAAGUGAAGAAUGGAAAUGAAUCUACUAAGCCUAAAAGUGAUGCUCUUCCUCUUUUUCCUUCAAGGUCUAAUCCUCAUAGACAACCAGCAGGAAAACCUGGGAAUUACACUCAUACUAUUUCCUGUCAGUCAUCCAGUGUUUCUACCAAUAUGAAACCUAAUGAUCUAACCAAAGUGGUUAACCAGGCUAAUACAGGUCACUCAAAUCAAGUUGAUGUACCAAAGAAAUGUCCUCUGUCAUUUGAUGACUGGAAUGAACCAAAAUUCUCUGAUGAGAUACUAGAUAUGUUUUGUGGAUCUGAUAGUCUUUGGGAUGCAAACUAUGAGGAUGAUGAAUUGUUAUAUCAGGUGUGUGAUGAUAUAGAAAAGCAGACUCAGAGCCAGGACGUUAAACAAGGAAAUGAAAAAACUAAAACUAUACAAGGAGCCAGUGUUAAUUCCAGAUCAAAUGCUGAUAACAGCUUCCCAGCAUCUAAACAAGGACUACCUGAUCUCCUCUUGGGACAAAAAACAAAUGCAAAACAGGAGGCUCUCUCACUAAAUGAUUCCUGUAGGAAUUCAUCAAAGGUGGUGCAUGGGUUGGCCGCAACAGGUCAUGUAGUGAAUUGUAAGAACAUCUCAAAUCCUCUGACUGUGAUCUCAGGUCCUUCUGUGGAGUGUAAAUACACACUGCCUAAAAACUGUCAUCAAGAUUCUGAAGAUACCUCAAAGACUGUUUCAGGGAAAUGGUACAGGUCAAAUUCUGUGCCAGCAGGAGAGACAGGUUCUGAAGUAAGUCCUGCUAAUGCAGUAAAUAUUUGUAGUAGCAAAGCACUUGACAGCUCACAUUUCUUGUAUAAUGCGGGAAAGAUUCCAGGUAGCAGCUCUGGUAACAAAACUUCACUUGUGCCUUCAAAGUUUAAGUUCCGAAAGAUUAACAGUUCUCAGGGUGGUCUUCGUGUAGGGUCUGAAAAUCCAGGGAAUCAUUCUGGCAUUGGAAUUACUCUGCAGGGUUUGGAAGGAAGCAAGAAACAGGUGAAUGCAACUUUGCACAGCAAGCUUGACAAUAAGAAACCACCUUUCAAGAGGCACCUUUCAGAGUCUUUUGCACAGACUACAUCAGGUAUUUGUCUUUAUUGUAUCACUGUUAGACUGUGUUUCCUUACUGUCAGAGAAAUUUGCAUUGUAUUGCCACUUAAAAUAGGCUUCAAUAUCAUCCAUUCAGUUAAGGUGUUAGCAAAUGUUCUAAGAAGAAUCUGGAGGUUAUUUUCUCAAAAAUGGAAUUGUCCUGAUGCAUAUCUUGAAUUCCUGUAGUUAAGGACACCUGUUUCCAUUCCACUUCUCUAAAUACUUCACACCCUCUCUCCAUAGACACUCAGAUUCUCGAGGAUCAAGUAUAGGCUGAUGCAGCACUCAGCAUACUAUUUUCUUAAACUGUUACUUAAAAAUACUGUUAUUUUGAUGCAUAGUAAAACCCCAGUUAAUGAUGGGACAGGGAAAGAAGACACCAGGUGAUAUGGAAUACCAGUUUCUUUAUAUUACUGUACACCUGGAAUUUGGACCCUCAAAUCACUUGACGCUUUUCAGAGCUCAGCCUGUAUUACUGUUUGCUCUGUAGCUGAAAUUGGCAGUGAAAUAUUCUUGUGUUAUCAGUCUAAACACUAAGAUGCCCUUUCAUCCAGAGGAGAGCUCAGUCACUUCUUUAUUGCCAGGCGGCCAUCAGUAAUAUUCCAUGCUCAGUGUUACUUACUGGGGAAAUGUAGAACUAGUCAAGUGCCAGUCAGUCUUAUUUUCCCUUGAUGUCACAGCUUGGCAAAGUUUUAAUCAAUAUUCAUUCUGAUAAAACAUGCCUUUAAGAGUGUCCUAUAUCAACUUCCAUUUUCAAGAAACACUGUUGCAAAAGCAACAAAACUAUUAAUUAUUGAAGAAUGAGUAUUUUAUCUGUUUCCUCCCCAGAAGAGAAGCAUAUAAAUUGAAAGUAGCUAUUUUGGAUUAUAAGGGGGAAGGAAGGGGAGGGAUAACUAAAUAUUCUAUGGAAUGUUCUAGAGAGUAAAGGAAUUUAAAAAAUAGCAUAGAUUUUCUUUACAGAUAAACAACAACUACAUCUUAAAUUUUGAGGGAAAGGACAUUAACCAAAAAAUGGAUGUUAAGUGAUCCUUUCAAAAAUUGCUGUUUAAUUUUUCAUGGAUGCUUUUUUGUGAGAAGCAAAUAUACCCUUUGUUUAUUUAUUCAGUUUGAAUACUUAUUAAAAAUAGAUUAAUUGGAAAUUGGUGUAUAAAAAUGGUAAAAUUACUGAUAUGUGCAGGGAGUAUUCCUGUUGGUUCCAAUAAGGUCAGGAUUUUAUAGUCUGGGAAUUUAUAGUUCUGUAACACACCAUAUAAAAUGCUACGCCUAGCUAUCAUGUUCUUGUCUCCUUUGCCAGUUUUUAUUGCAACUUUUGACCUUUUUUCAACCUAUCUUGUUUUAUUUGUGUGACACCUGUACUGUAUCUGACCCCUGUGUCUUUACCAUCUCCAUGUCCGUAUCUCUGCCUAACUCACUAAAUUGUAGAGCCUUUUUUCGUUCUGAUAGCCUUAAUUUUCUUAACCCAUCGCUAUCUUCUAUGUUGACUCCUGAUGUCAUAAGGUUCACCUGAAGGGCAGCCAAGUGAAAUUUCCUUCAAGCAAAUGUGUGCAUCCCAGUGUUGUCAUUGGGAGGUAGUAAUCAGUAGCACUACAAAGGUCAUGCAUCUUACCCUCUUCCUGCCUUGGGGACAGGAUAGAUGAGCCAUUUUUAACUUGGGUGCCUGGUAUGUCAGAAUAGUGUGCUCCUGCCAUAGAUCUUCAAACACUGAAAAUGGCUAAGUUAAAAUACAUAUUGAACAAAUCUGAGGCUUCUAAUAAAUGUUUUUUAUUUACAGUGUCUGUGGUAGAACAAAAAAAUAGAAAAUGUUCUCAAGAAGAGAUUGAAAGAAAAAAACAAGAAGCUCUUGCACGAAGAAAAUCCAGAACAC